GCGCGCUCCCGCCAGGCUCGUCCCCCGGUCCUGUAGCAUGGCGGGCCUGGAGCUGCUGUAUCACUCGGUGGCUCAGGAUCUGUCUUCUCCUCAGGACGCCUUAGUCUGCUUCGUGCACUGGGAGCUGGUCAGGGCGGGAUUCAAGUGCCUGGGGACCGGGGACCAGGCUUUGACUGAGGAGAGGAAGAAGGAGCUGUUACCCACAGGUUGGAAUGUCAAUCGAGAGCUGUACACACUGCGUUAUCGCUCAGAUAAUGAUGAGAAAAUACUUCUGUUGAAGGCAAUCACUGUUGAUUCCAGUCUGAUCAUUAAUGUUAUGAAUUGCCAGUCUGAACAGGUUGUAGAUUUGACAGUAAAUUUAAAUGACUACAUUAACUCAGAUCACCUGCGAGAGUAUGACAGAGUUUUCAAGAAGGAAGAGGAGUUGCGGCAUCGUAUUGGAUCAGCAAUUGUUUCUCCUUUAGUUGGCACGAAGCAGAGAGAUGGAGGAGGGCAACAGAAAGGAAAGAAAUCAAUUCGGUCUGGUACAGCUGCUCAACCACAUGCGGGCACCAACCCACUCUUCAUCCCACCCAAUGCGCCACAAAGGCAACCCUCCUGGUCUGAUCCGAUGGCACCGUUUGCAUCAGGAGGAGAUGAUCUCGACCCAUUUGGUGAACGAAGAGGUGGAAUGAUUGUUGAUCCUUUGAGGUCAGGGUUACCACGUUCUGGCUUUGACCCAUCAUCGGGGAUACCGGGACAGCUUCCUCCUGGUUCAGUCCCACCUGGAGCCAGAUUUGAUCCAUUUGGACCAGUUGGACCGGGCCGUUCUGGCCCUGAUCCAGACCAUCUUCCUCCGCCUGGAUAUGAUGACUUGUUCAUGUGAUCUUCGUUUUCUUCCUCUCGCCUCCCUCCUCUCAAAGCAAGUUAGGUUGUAAGGAAAACCCCAGAUGUAAACCACAACUUGUGGAAUCCUGUGGCCUUCACUUCUUUUGGUUAAAUAAAUAUUCUAUGAACAGCGUAACUUAGCCAUUUGAUCUGCUGCGUUCCUAUUUGAUGAUCAGCAGCUUCAGCUAAGCCAAUCUCCCUUUGGUGGUGGGGCAUACGUGCUCAACUGAACCGGUUAAACACUUAAGAGCAGCCAAGUGCUUUAUUGUCAUACAUCUGACACAUGCUUCCAGUGUGGACUUGUAACCAAUCUCCUGCACAUUGUCACAGAGUUGUCACUAUGCUGUGUCUUUGAGGUAGGCAGAUUAAAUUAAAUGCAUCAGAGUGUUUGAGUUAAAUGAUCCUGUUAAUAAACUGAUGUGUAAAUGAAAAAA